AUGAAUAGCCUGGCCACGCCGCCUGUCCCUCCGCAUUUCCACGAGCACACUCGUCUCUCCCCCAACAGAUCUAUGUCUGCCACCGCUCCCUCCCGGAAACGGAAAGCGUCGCCCUCACCUGAUCGAGAUGAUGAAAUGUCAACUUCGCCUGCGAUCCCCAACGCUCGACUGCCCCAGACCUUGACUCCUUCUGCGAGAAAAAGAGCUCGUCCUAAUCUGGCUGGGAGGUCACUCUCGGUGGACAGACUUCUGGAAACAUUGGACACGGAUGCUUUGAGAUCAGUGUUGAAAUCUGUGUAUGACCGCAACCCUGGUCUACGGGAUCAAAUCAUCCAAGUCAGCCCACGGCCUAGCAUUCACAGCACAUUACAGGUUCUACGGAACUACUAUGAUCGGUUGAUGGCCUCUUUCCCGCUGGAUCCGAAUCCACGAUCCGACUAUUCAUAUGAUCGAGUCCGUGCUCCGUAUCACGACUUACUGGAGGCUCUGACUGAUUUCACGCCGCAUUUCUUGCCACCAAAUGAACAGCAAUCUUCGACGUCCCUCGAAUAUCUCAACGGGGUGACGCAAAUCAUCCAUGAUCUUCCUCAGUGGGACAAUCCUCAACACAAUCUGGCUAAGCAAAAUGCCUACGAUGAAAUCUCGAAAGCCUGGGCAAGUGUUAUCAAAGAAGCUAGCAAGAGAGGCGCCGGCAUCCAAUUACAAUACACUGGCUGGGAGGAGAAACUCCGGGUUCACAACGAGAAGAGUGGCGGACGGUUACGGGAAGCCUACGAAGCGCUUGUGGACGCCCUAGGAUGGCUGAGGCCAGCAAAUCAAUCAAACCACCACCAACAGCAACAGAGUAUCCGACAACAGCUUUUUUCGAAUACCUACGGAAUGGAACAGCCCAUGAUCCGAACAGGAAACUGGUAA